AAAUCAAAAUAUCAAUAGAGGGAAGCUUCCUGAUAACAAAGCUUGCACCUUGUAGACGAUCUGAGGGGUAGUUAUGAAGACUAAUAGCAAUCUUGAAGACAACCUGACCUCCAUGGCUCCCCAGCCAGCUCUGAGUAUAGUUCAGGAUCUACCAUCAUGCUGGAUCAGACUGGUAACAGAACACAAACCAUUAUCGCCUGGUACUCAGACAGAACAUAACCAAGGUUGCUCUCAACUUGCGAUGUUCGGAAAAAUCCUGAUGAGAAAUAUGACCAUCUCGAGAGAAGAUAAGUUCAGCUCUUCUAUUCAUGUUACGCCAUUGUUUCACAUCUCUAGCAGACGGCAUCCGAAGUCAACUCUAAAAGCAUAAGCUCUUCACCUCCUCAUCAUUUGUGUUCAUCAUACAAUUUGUACCUAAGGUUUGAUCAAACAUUGAGUCUUAAAGAAUGAUUGCUUUUGCAGGCUGCUGAAAAAGCUCGGGAUUGAGUCCUCAUAUCCAUGUCCCAGUGCUAAUUUUCCAUAACCACCUCCUUGCAAAAGAGUCCUUUUUGAUCCUAGAACGUGAAGGCUAACAUUGUAACCCAGCUCAUAAAGCUCUCAAGAACCUGCCAUAUACACUCAGAUCCAGAUUUCUCUGUUUACUUACCAAACACAAUGAAACUAUAUACAAAGGAAGGCCAGUGUCUUGAGAAAAUUACGUUUGGAUUGUCUCAAAGGGACCAAUUGUAUCAGUCCAGUACGUCCACCAUGGCGCUCCACCGCUGCGGACCAAAGCUCAUAAUCAAAUCCCAGACAAAAACCAGCUUCCUUUAUUCGUUAUACUUCCAUUGAAUAAACAAGGACGAGUGUAGUCCUCCUAAUCAGAAACGCCCCUUUUUGUCUUUUUGUCUUUUUGUCUUUUUGUCUUUUGGUUUGUUUUUGGUCUCUGUCUCCUCAUAAAUAAAUAGCGUAAAACGAUGUCGUUUCAUUUUAAGACAUUUCUUCUCCUUUUCUUUAUUUCACAGUGCUGACAUUCAUUUUCCGAACGUUGUCUGUGCAUCGUCUUACUAUCGAGAGAAUCCAAAUUCCUCAUUUCUCAGUUCUCAUUUCUUUCUCACAGGAAUCCGAUGGCAACCUAUAUCUUCGAUCCUAUAUGCGAUAGCUCUUGGGUAGCAAACACAUUGACUUGGUUAUGGGGCAAAAUUCCAUGGGAAGACGAUAGACGUAAAUCCACCGAACGUUUUUGGAAAGAAACAUGGAAACUAAAAGAUGCUAAACAACUAACGGAGUGGGAAAAGUCUUGCAACAUCUUGUUUGGAAUGAAGCCAACAAGUUCUGAGAUGAAUCUAUCUUAUAUGCCCAACUACAAAGGCUCUGUUGAUUUCAUGUUUGAGAAGCAAAAGCCUACCCAAUUCUUCGUUCCAACGGGAACCUUUUCUGUAUCGAUCCCCAUCAAAGUCCCUGGACUUCAUGCCUCCUACCGUUUUAUGCAUCCUAAAGGGAAACGCGAUCAGCUGGAACUCCAAUAUGAGGGGUUAGAGCAUUGGUUAUUCAAACUAAAACUCCCAUUAUCUCUGACUGAGAGACCUACCAUUGUCUUUAGUGUGACUCCAAAUUAUGAGGCUUUCUCUCUGCCUUGCGAGAUCAAACUUGAAGGAAAUCUUGAUAGAAGGAUCCGAGCUUGUAGAAUAGCCAACUGGUCAAUAGGCCUAACAAGUGACGCAUCCAUCUUUUCCUUUGCCUUCAAGAUAACGAAAAGCACCGCUUCAUGCAAAGCAAAGAUUCAUGGUCUUUCUGCUUCUGCAGAUUGGGAUGGAGAAGAUCUCAAGUGUUCUUUUGAACAAGAAGUCGAGAAGUUUUCUAUCACCUCCAAAUGUCAAAUCAACGUCAAAGAUGCUAAGAAAAAUGUAUGUUCAGUUGGUGUUGGAAAGAGGUGGGAUGAUGAUGAAAAAGGAUUGCAUAGAGGAAUACAAGUGGUGUUUGACACCCAUGACGUGACCACAAUCACCUAUUCGCGGUCCCUGACCAAAAAGCUCCCCCUUGGACUUUCUGCAAGGGUGGAUGUACGUGUCAUCAAUAAUUCACAACUUGGGGCUAAUUUUUCCUUUACAUGAAGAUUUCUAUCAUUUUGUACAGCCAUGGAAACAAGAAGAAGAAAAGAAGUGACAGGGGAAGAAAGAAAAACAAACACAGCUUGAGCGGAAGGAGCAUUGUCUUAUAUAGACAUUUUCUCACAUGUUUCCAAACUUUUUAUGUUGCCUUUUGUUAUGUUAUAUGAAGCCUACACAUUAGGACAGUUUGAAGCUGGAAAUUUUUGGUUUGGCUAUAGAAAUAUUGACUAUUAAUAUCUUUGAUAUAUUACUACAAAUAAUAUUAAGAAAACACAGGUAA